AUGAACUCUGCCCCUCUGCUGGCCUUUCUGGGGGUCCUCCUCAUCCUGCCCCGAAUCAAGGCCCUGACCUGCCAACAAGGGUUCCUGAGCUCUGAAUACAACCUUAAGCCUGACGAGCAUGUCUCCUGGACUGUCAACAGAGAACAAGUCUGUCAGGACGGCUGGGGUUGCCAAGACACGCUGUUGUUCAUUCAGAAUGGACCCCAGGUAUAUGUGGUGCUCAACAAGGAUUGCACUCAGGCUGCGGACCAGGAGUCCCAAGUCACAGAGCACAGUUCCGGCCCUGGCCUCUCCGUCAUCUCCUACCACCACGUGUGCCGGGACAAGGAUUUAUGCAAUGACCUCUCCAACACCAUCCCCACCUGGGCACCUUCCAACCCCAAAGGUGCCCCAGUACCAGGGGGUAUGCAGUGCCCCUCCUGCUUGUCCGAAAAUGGGUGCCUGGAGGUGAGUGAGACCACGCUCCCCUGCCCAGCGGGGACCAAACAUUGCUACACUGGCAUCCUCACAUUCAGCGGAGGGUAUUUCCAACCCACCAACAUUGAAAUCCAAGGCUGUUUGGCCCAAGAAGGUUGCAAUCUGCUUAAUGGGACCCGCAAGAUCGGUCCCAUUGAUGUGAGUGAGAACUGCAAUAGUAAUGAUUUGGUGCGCUGUCAUUCAGGGAGCAUGAUAAGAAGUGGUAAAAGCUUGUCUCAGGAGCCUCAAGAAUGGACUUCGUUUUCAACCAAGCUCUGUGCUGCUGGCGAGGUGUGUCAGGAGACACUGCUGCUCAUUGAUGCAGGAAAUACAGCAGUCCUAUUGGGGAGCAAAGGCUGCAUCUUGCCGGGGCCGGGGCCACAGAAUUCUACGACCAUCUCCAUCCACUCCAGGCCCCCUGGGGUGCUUGUCGCCUCUUACGCCCAUGUCUGCUCCUCCAAUGGGUGCAACAGAGUUUCGACUAGCAGUGUCCUCCUGAACGCCCUUCCUCGCCAAGCUGUCCCGGACGAUUCUGGCAUCAGUUGUCCUGCCUGUGUAAAUUUUUUUGGCUCCUGUACAGACUUGACACUCAUUAAGUGCCCGCAGGGCGCCACUCGUUGUUAUCGCGGUAACAUGCGUCUCAUUGGAGGUGGCAUCUACACCACAAUGGGUGUUAGCGGUUGCAUGGCCCACGGAACGUUACUGAACAAUACCCAGAAUAUUGGGGUCUUCUCGGUGGUCGAGCAGGAGCAUUCUCAAGAUGAAGAGUACAUUGACCCCCCAAUUAUCCAGAGCGCUGGCUAUGCUGCCUUAAAGUGA